AUGGCACACCAACUCGAGUACACCGUUCAAGCAAGUUGUGAGGCAACAGCGUCAAACUCGGACGACCAGGCUCCGACAGCCUUGGUCUGCCCACGACGGAAAAAGAUGGAAGGGGUUGAAGAUCCUGACGGAGAGGAACCCGUCAUCCUCACUCGCGAGCUCCUUGAGAGCUACUUCAAUUGUUCCCUGGCCUCUGUGUCGAAAGAGUUGGGCAUCUGCCCUACGUCGAUCAAGAAGGCUUGUAGGAAGCUUGGAAUAGCGAAGUGGCCCUUCAAGUCACCGAAUCCAGGGCCGAAGCGAAAGCACCCGAUCAUUUUGACCGCAAAAAUGAACAGCGUCACGUCUCGUUCAGCAGAAUCUCCUAAGCCUGUACGUGAGCCUGUCACUAAGGCAGAGGUCGUGGUUCAGAAGAAAAGCACCAACAAGGUUGCAUCGGUGGACGCUAAGAACUCAUGGAAGAAGAUUGACGUGGAGCUAAUUACGGAAGUGGAGGAUGAUCAGGAGGAGCUGAAAUUUUGGGAGAUAGUCUACUGUCAUCUACCAUCUCCAGUGGCGUAUGUACAGUUGAAGUAG